AAUAUAUUGAAUACAGGAUUGUAGGCGGCGUUUCAAAUGCUACGCUACUGAAAGACGACGUUUAUAAUGCAGUAUGAAGUAUUCAGUCUAGAAUUUAAGUUUGCGUAUUUGUGAUCAAAAUACUGGCUUUGUGAUUGAAUCUCCUACAUUCCACUGCUGAAUCAUUUAUACAAUGAACGGGAAAGAUAAAGAGAAUCUUUUCAAACUAAUCAAACGUAAUAAGGACUUACAUACAGAUGAAGAAAAAUCACAUCUUCGUAAACGGAUUGAAGGUCAACUGUUAAAAUUCACAAAUGUUGUCAAGGGUUAUCAGUAUCGUUGGUUUGUGAUCGAUCCAGAUGUAGGAAGGAUAGAAUAUUACGAGAAAGAAGACCAUAAACGAUCCCUUAAACCUCGCGGGACACUAAAUCUUAUGUAUGCUUCUGUAUGCCCAUCAGAUGAAGAUUCACAAACAUUUAUUAUUAAUGCUGCUAACGGAGACUUGCUGAAAUUGAAAGCUGUCGAUGCUAAGGAAAGACAGCAUUGGGUUGAUCGUCUUCGAGCUGUUGCCGAAUACCAUACAGAUAAAGCUGAACAAAAUCCAUUGGUUGCUACUUUAUCUCCAACUUCCGAAUUCGGGAAUCACGCUGAUCCAUCAGGCACAUCUCCUCACACAUUAAAUUCUCCUAAAACUAUAUCUCCUCAGACAAAUGAUGUAAAUUCUUCUGGUGAUCAAUGCACUGAUGUUGAUUCCCCGAAUAUAUCAGUUACUGAUACAUUCCCUGUAUUCUGUCCUGGUCGGCCAUCUGAUCCACGAACUCAACUUGGCGAGCUUUUUCGUCAGUUAGAACACGAAAAUCAAGCACUUGCUACAGUUGUCGAUCACACGAAAGACUGUCUAGAGGGAUCUAUUCGAAAUGCAACAUCUAUUCGAAGUCCUGAAAUUACUGAAGUGUUCAAAAACCUUCUCUUGUCAAAAGCUACUAGUCAAGCGACACUGACUUGUUUAAAGCGUUGCAUGGAGUUGAUUAAACGUCAAGAUAUAGCAAAUGGAAUUGAGAAUGGAAAAAUGACGACUAGAUCAUUGAAUUCAAGUAGUGCAGAGAGAUCCGGUUCAGGGGACUUUUGCAGUUCUGUUGUUGAGGUGUCUGAGUCGUGCAAACCUGAUUAUAAGAACACUACUACUACUACUGCUACUGAGUCGAUCUCCAGUGUCAAUUCUACAUUAACUGAUGAUGUACAGGAUGUCCUAGCAAAAUAUCCAUUACCGAUAAAAAAUAUGCAAGUCGGCUGUAUUGACAUACCAAAAGAUGAAGACGAAAAGGAAGAAAAGACACAAGAUGAUACAAGUCAUCGAUAUGAUGUUCAUAAAGAAAAUGAUGACAGUUUAAAAUUAGAUAAUGAAGAACAGAAAGCAGUUAUUUUACACUUACUUUCUCAACUGAAAAUCGGGAUGGAUUUAACAAAGGUUGCCCUUCCUGUGUUUAUUUUGGAGAAAUAUUCCUUACUAGAGAUGUUUGCUAAUUACAUGGCGCAUCCAAAUCUAUUUUGCAGCAUUACUGACUAUGAAGAUCCUGAAGCGCGUAUGCUAGCAUUUGUUCAAUGGUAUCUUACUACAUUUCAUGCUGGAAAGAAGGACAGAAUUGCUAAGAAACCGUAUAAUCCUAUUAUUGGAGAGACAUUUCAUUGCAGUUGGCUCAUUCCUGCUGGUGAUAAUUUAAACAAUGGAUGCUCUCUACUAGAGCCAUAUAAAGAUAAAUGCAAAACAUCACAUAGUAAUAAUUCACCUAUAAUAAUAAGAUACUGUGCUGAACAAGUAUCACAUCAACCUCCUGUGACUGCUCUUCAUUUUUCUUGUCCUUCAAAGAAAAUGGAAUUGACUGCAUCGAUAUGCACUAAGUCAAAAUUUCAAGGAAUGAGUGCUUAUACUGCUAUCUUGGGAAAACUUACACUGAAACUCGGUGAACACAACAAUGAAGAAUAUCACUUCUCCUUGCCUACAAUAUAUGCUCGAUCAAUAUUGACAGUUCCAUGGGUUGAAUUCGGUGAUAAAGUUUCCAUCACUUGUCCACAAACAAAUUAUUCAGCUACAGUUACAUUUUUAACAAAACCUCAUUAUGGUGAUAAACUCCAUCGUAUUAGUGGAGAGAUUUAUGAGGUUUCAAACUUUUCUCAAACUGGUUCCGACCGUUCAUCUAAACGAUCUGGAUCCCCAGUCAGUCCACUUGGUAAUGUGAAUCUAAUAGCACGUGUUUCUGGUGAAUGGAAUAAAACUAUAGAUUUCGAAGUGUUCAGUAAGAAUUCUUAUAAGUGUUCAGUGGAUGUCAAUAAAUUACCUGUAUUUCAAAAGCGUAUUCGUCCUAUAGAAUGUCAACAGCCUGAAGAAUCUCGUCGUUUGUGGCAGAAUGUUACUAAUGCUCUUGAAUUAGGAAAGUUUGAUUUAGCUUUAGAAAAGAAACGAGAACUUGAAGAACAACAGCGAAUUAGUGAGAAGUAUCGUACAUUGUACAAAUUUGGUUUUCCAGUCAAAUACUUCACGUGGGAUGAAAGUGCAUGGGUAUUCAGAUGGUAAUUUAAAGUCAGAAAUCAUCAAAAUGAACUUAAGCUGUGAAUAGUACUGAAAAAAGGGAAAUUAAUAUUUUCUAUGCAUUAUCUUUAUACCUUUUACUUAUAUUGUUCAUUACUUUAAAGAAAAUAAAUUCUUUAUAUUCUCUUGUUUGUUUAUGCGAUAUCCUUUAUUUGUUGUUUUUUUUUGUUUUUUUCUUUCUUUUGAGAUGUACAACUACUUUCGCAG